CUGUGGUUCGUUAGUUCUCUGUAUUUGAUUUUGAACUGCAGCUGACAGCGAACGGACAACGCAUUACGCAGGCUGAACAUGGCUUGUCAUAAGCAGAAUGUUGUUAACAUGAUCGAAUGCUUUAGGAGACAGUUGUCGCUUUUAUCAGAGUCUGAGAGGACGACCAUAUGUGGGGCAGACAAUAUGCUUCUGAUUUUGCAGUUGUCUUUGGCUGAAGUUAAUAAAAAGAAUGGCAGAGAAUUUUCUGCAUCCCUUAGUGAUGUACUUCGAAUGUGGAAAUACUUACUGAAAGAUAAGAUUGGACAAAUUUGUGAAGAUGCAGAGCUCCCAGACAACUAUAUCCAUGUUAGGAAGACCUAUGACCUUUUCCUAAAAAGCAGUAACAUGUUAGAUCUUAUUGAUUUACAUGAAAGAAUGCUAAACUAUUCAAGUGAAAUGAAAAUCUUGCGCUCAGACCAAUUAUUGGAAUUUCUGGAUGACCAUCUACACUCAUCUGAAGAGGCUGAACUGAAUUUUUCAACGAUAUCAACACCUUGCAAGAAUAAUAUGGAUACUAUCAAGGUUAAAAAACAAUUAAGGCGGAUAUUUUGUGCCUAUUUAAACCUCUUGGUUAAUUCUAAGAAUGAUUUUGCGUUGGCACAAAUUCUGAACUGCCCUGAUCGAGGAUUAGGGAGAGAAGCAUUCACUGAUCUGAAACAUGCAUCAAGAGACAAGCAGAUGUCCCUGUUCUUGAUGGCAACAUCAUUUGUUCGAACAAUUGAACUCGGAGGAAGAGGUUAUGCACCUUCUGAAUCUGAUCCUUUAAGAAAACACCUUAAAGGGCUUUCGCUUUUUGUUCAUUUUAUUGACCGACUUAAUGAAAUACUAGGAGGAACAGAAGAUGCAAGAGCUACUGCAGAGCUGAUAGUGACAACAAUCAAGAUGCACCUGGUAAAAGGAAGAGGCAGUGGGGAUCCAGUUAGUGAAGCUGCAGAAGACGUUGCGCAAGAUUUGAAUUUAAGAUUUCAUAACCACAUUAAUUCUAAUGAGAUUAAGAGUGGGAGCACAGCAGGCAUCAGCCCAGCACGGCCUAGAAUCCAUGCCAUAAACCGUGGUACUGCUUUGUGUGGUAGAGAAACCAUCAAAUCAUUUUUAAAACUGUUGGAUGAGGAAGCUGCCAAUAUUCCCAGCAAGAAGACAGAAUUGUUAUGUGCUGAUGAAGAAAAUAGUGCAGUCUUUGGAGCACUUUCUCUUAUGACACUUUUUAGGUCUCCUGAGCCAUGCAGUGGGUCAUCCCCCAAACCACUCAAUCAACGUAUUCAAAAAUGUCCAGCCAAUAAUAAGCCUAAGUUGAAGCAAAAUCUAAUCCGAUCACAAUUUGCUUGCACGUAUAAAGAUAACAACUUGAGCAAAAUGAAGGAGACAGAUUUUCCUAGUAUGAGUCAAUUUCCAACCUGUAUUCAUCCAGCACCUAAGAUUGUUCCAGUUCUGUGCUUAGACGAGGAGCCCUUAAUAGAAAACAAAGAUCUUCCAGCACGAGUACUUAAUUCUGUUUCUGGGAAUACUGUUAAAGACAUAACUGCGAAAGUAAAGGCAAAGACAUGCAAAAACCCACGAGGUGGGAAGACAAAAAGAAAGCAAGUAGACCUCUGUGAUCUAAACAAUAUUGAGAAUGAACCUCCCCAGAAGAAAGUUACAGUGGAACAAGAAUCCCCUAAGAAAGGAAAGGACAAACAGGACUUUAUUAAAUCAGCUCCAUCAAGGAAUGGCAGUAAAACUGCGUCAAAAAAUAAAUUAAUUGCUGGACAAGCAAAGUUAACCAGUUUUUUCCGAAUGUAAGUUGUUUGUUUUUUUUAUAAAUUUUUUAAUGUUGCAACUUUUUAAUAUAACAAAACUUGUAUGUGUUUUUUGGUUGAUCUCUGUAAAUAGCACCAUUGCAAAUUGAUUGCACAGAUCUUUUUAUUUACUGUAAUAAACUUACAUAGCAAA